AAUUUUGCCUUGCUCAGCUCCGGACAUUUGUUUCUCUUUUUUCUCUUUCGCUUUUGCCUUUUUCUCUUGUUUUUCUCUUCGCCUUUUUCUUGUUUAUAAUCACGAGGGUCAUACGUGAUUUCUAUUUCUUUUUCUCUUUUUUAAUUUAUGGGUUAUAUUCAAUGAUAUCGUUAUUGAAUUUUAGCCUUAUGUAAUGGAGUUUGAUAUGGAUUAUGCAUUUACUGAGUGAAGAAUAGUGACCAACGAGUGAUAAAAAAUGGCCUUUGGACCGUUGGUUUGGUAUUGCCGGCCAGUGGCAAAUGGGCUGUGGACAAGGGCGGUGGAAAAUGCUUUUGGAGCUUAUACACCUUGUGCCACGGAUACUCUGGUGGUGGUUAUUUCUCAUUUGGCUCUCCUGGCUCUCUGCUUGUAUCGAAUAUGGCUUAUUAAGAAAGAUUUCAAGGUCCAGCGAUUCCGCUUGAGGUCGAAAUGGUAUAACUAUUUCUUGGGGCUACUUUCUGGUUAUUCUACUGCGGAACCUUUAUUCAGAUUGAUCAUGGGCAUUUCAGUUCUGAAUAUAAAUGGACAGACGGGUCUUGCUCCUUAUGAGAUUGUUUCCUUGACUAUUGAGGCUCUUGCUUGGUGCUCUGUGUUUGUCAUGAUUGGUGUGGAAACCAAAGUCUAUAUUCGUGACUUUCGAUGGUUUGUUAGAUUUGGGGUCCUUUACACUUUGGUGGGAGAUGCAGUGAUCCUCAAUCUUAUUCUUACAGUGAAGGAGUUCUAUAAUAGUUCUGUGCUGUAUUUAUACAUCAGUGAGGUCUUUGUCCAGGUUUUAUUUGGAAUACUUUUGCUUGUGUACGUUCCUGACUUGGAUCCUUACCCUGGUUACACUCCCAUACGGGCUGAGUCCGUUGAGGAUGCUGAAUAUGAAGAACUUCCUGGAGGAGAAUAUAUAUGUCCUGAGCAGCAUGUCAACAUAUUUUCCAAAACUAUUUUCGCAUGGAUGAAUCCCAUAAUGAAGCUAGGCUACAAAAGACCUCUCACUGAGAAGGAUAUUUGGAAAUUAGACACAUGGGAUAGGACUGAAACACUGAACAACAGGUUCCAGAAAUGUUGGGCUGAGGAAUCACAAAGGCCUAAACCAUGGCUUUUAAGAGCAUUGAAUAGUAGUCUCGGAGGAAGGUUUUGGUGGGGAGGCUUUUGGAAGAUUGGCAAUGAUGUUUCCCAAUUUGUGGGGCCACUCCUAUUGAACCAACUCCUACAGUCUAUGCAAGAAGGUGAUCCGGCUUGGAUUGGGUACAUCUAUGCUUUCUCAAUUUUUGCUGGGGUGGUAUUUGGUGUGUUAUUUGAAGCUCAGUAUUUUCAGAAUGUCAUGCGUGUUGGUUACCGGCUGAGGUCAACUUUGAUUGCUGCUGUAUUUCGAAAAUCUCUAAGGCUAACCCAUGAGAGUCGGCAAAAGUUUGCAUCAGGAAAAAUAACCAAUUUGAUGACAACUGAUGCUGAAGCACUUCAGCAAAUAUGCCAAUCGCUUCACACUCUGUGGUCAGCUCCAUUCCGUAUCAUCAUUGCAAUGGUUUUGCUUUUUCAGCAGUUGGGCGUUGCAUCACUUCUUGGUGCACUACUGCUAGUGCUUUUGUUUCCCAUACAGACAUUUGUUAUAAGCAGAAUGCAAAAAUUGUCUAAGGAGGGCUUGCAGCGUACUGACAAGAGGAUUGGCCUUAUGAAUGAAAUCUUGGCUGCAAUGGACACUGUGAAAUGUUAUGCAUGGGAGAACAGUUUCCAGGCUAAAGUCCAAACAGUUCGUGAUGAUGAAUUAUCCUGGUUUCGAAAAGCAUCACUACUGGGAGCGUGCAAUGGUUUUAUUCUGAACAGCAUCCCUGUGGUGGUAACUGUGAUUUCAUUUGGUAUGUUCACUUUGCUUGGGGGAGAUCUGACACCUGCAAGGGCAUUUACAUCACUUUCCCUGUUUGCUGUGCUUCGCUUUCCCCUCUUUAUGCUUCCUAAUAUAAUUACACAGGUGGUCAAUGCAAAUGUAUCCUUAAAGCGUUUAGAGGAGCUACUUCUAGCUGAAGAGAGAAUUCUUCUACCAAACCCUCCUCUUGAGCCAGGACAACCAGCCAUCUCAAUAAAAAAUGGAUACUUUUCUUGGGAUUCAAAGGCAGAGAGGCCUACAUUAUCAAAUAUCAAUGUGGACAUACCUAUUGGUAGCCUAGUGGCAAUUGUUGGCAGUACUGGAGAAGGAAAGACCUCCCUUAUUUCAGCAAUGCUUGGGGAGCUUCCUGCAAUAUCAGAUACAAGUGCUGUUAUUAGGGGAUCAGUUGCUUAUGUUCCACAAGUUUCAUGGAUUUUUAAUGCAACUGUACGUGACAACAUACUUUUUGGAUCUCCCUUUGAUCAUGCAAGAUAUGAGAGGGCAAUAGAUGUAACUUCAUUGCAGCAUGACCUUGACUUACUGCCUGGUGGUGAUCUCACGGAGAUUGGUGAAAGAGGGGUAAAUAUUAGUGGUGGGCAGAAACAAAGAGUUUCCAUGGCUAGGGCUGUGUAUUCCAAUUCUGAUGUAUACAUAUUUGAUGAUCCCUUAAGUGCUCUUGAUGCUCACGUAGGUCAGCAGGUUUUUGAUAAAUGUAUCAAGGGAGAAUUGAGUAGGAAAACAAGAGUUCUUGUCACAAACCAACUCCAUUUUCUUUCACAAGUUGAUAGAAUUAUCCUGGUCCAUGAGGGUAUGGUGAAAGAGGAGGGAACCUUUGAGGAGCUCUCCAACAAUGGCGUGCUAUUCCAAAAGCUGAUGGAAAAUGCAGGGAAAAUGGAAGAAUAUGUGGAAGAUAAGGAAAAUGGUGAAACUGUUGAUCUUAAACCCUCAUCAAAGCCUGUUGCUAAUGGGGAAAUGAAUGACUUGCCUAAGAAUGCAACUGAGACCAAAAAACGGAAGGAAGGCAAGUCUAUUCUUAUCAAGCAGGAAGAACGAGAAACAGGUGUUGUCAGUUGGAAAGUUUUGAUGAGGUACAAGAAUGCGUUGGGAGGUGCAUGGGUCGUAAUGAUACUCUUUAUGUGCUACGUCAUGACAGAAGUUUUGCGAGUUUCAAGUAGUACUUGGUUAAGUAAUUGGACAGAUCAGGGCACUACAAAGAUCCAUGGUCCUAUUUACUACAAUCUCAUUUACUCUCUUCUAUCAAUUGGUCAGGUUUUGGUGACAUUAUUAAAUUCAUAUUGGUUGAUCAUAUCAAGUCUUUAUGCUGCCAGAAGGUUGCAUGAUGCUAUGCUUAAUUCCAUAUUGAGAGCUCCAAUGGUCUUCUUUCACACCAAUCCACUUGGACGCAUUAUCAAUAGGUUUGCAAAGGAUCUCGGUGACAUUGAUCGGAAUGUUGCCGUAUUUGUGAAUAUGUUUCUGGGUCAAGUUUCACAGCUCCUUUCUACAUUUGUCCUCAUUGGAAUUGUGAGCACUAUGUCUUUGUGGGCCAUAAUGCCACUAUUGGUUCUAUUUUAUGGAGCCUAUCUAUAUUAUCAGAGCACAGCACGUGAAGUAAAGCGCAUGGAUUCUAUAAGUAGAUCACCUGUUUAUGCACAAUUUGGAGAAGCCCUGAAUGGUUUGUCAACUAUUCGCGCGUACAAAGCUUAUGAUCGGAUGGCUGACAUUAAUGGUAGAUCUAUGGACAAUAAUAUCAGAUUCACCCUUGUCAAUAUGAGUGCAAAUCGCUGGCUUGCAAUCCGUCUGGAAACAUUAGGAGGAGUAAUGAUUUGGCUUACAGCAACCUUUGCAGUAAUGCAGAAUGGAAGGGCAGAGAACCAGCAGGCAUUUGCUUCGACUAUGGGUCUGCUUCUCAGUUAUGCUUUGAAUAUUACAGGUUUACUGACCGCGGUACUCAGACUUGCAAGUUUGGCUGAGAAUAGUUUAAAUGCUGUAGAGCGGGUUGGCACAUACAUAGAUUUGCCAUCGGAGGCCCCUUCAAUUGUUGAGGGCAAUCGCCCCCCUCCAGGUUGGCCUUCAUCAGGAUCAAUCAAGUUUGAGGAUGUUGUCCUGCGUUAUAGGCCUGAACUUCCGCCAGUCCUACAUGGACUGUCCUUUGUAGUUUCUCCAAGUGACAAGGUUGGGAUAGUUGGAAGGACUGGAGCAGGAAAGUCUAGCAUGCUUAAUGCUUUAUUUCGAAUUGUGGAACUAGAAAGAGGAAGAAUCUUAAUUGAUGGUUGUGAUAUUGCAAAGUUUGGAUUGAUGGAUCUUCGUAAAGUACUUGGAAUUAUACCACAAUCACCAGUUCUUUUUUCAGGAACUGUGAGGUUCAAUCUUGAUCCUUUUGAUGAACACAAUGAUGCUGAUCUUUGGGAGGCUUUGGAGAGAGCACACUUGAAGGAUGUAAUUCGAAGGAAUUCUUUAGGUUUGGAUGCUCAGGUUUCGGAAUCUGGGGAGAAUUUCAGUGUUGGACAGAGACAACUGUUAAGUCUUGCUCGAGCAUUGUUGAGGAGAUCAAAGAUACUUGUUCUUGAUGAAGCUACUGCUGCUGUUGAUGUGAGAACUGAUGCGCUUAUUCAGAAAACCAUUCGAGAAGAAUUCAAAUCAUGUACAAUGCUAAUCAUUGCUCAUCGACUUAACACGAUCAUUGAUUGUGACCGGAUCCUUCUACUUGAUUCUGGCCAGGUUCUGGAAUAUGACACGCCAGAGGAACUGUUAUCAAAUGAAGCUAGUGCUUUCUCUAAGAUGGUUCAAAGUACAGGGGCUGCAAAUGCUCAGUACUUGCGCAGUUUAGUACUAGGUGAGGAAGGAGAGAAUCGGUUUAGAACACAAGAGAAAGAGCAGUUAUCUGGGCAGAAGAAAUGGCUAGCAUCUUCCCGUUGGGCAGCUGCUGCACAGUUUGCUCUUGCUGUUAGCCUGACUUCGUCGCAUAAUGACCUUCAGCGAUUGGAAAUCGAGGAUGAAGACAGUAUCCUGAAGAAAACGAAGGACGCAGUUGUAACUUUGCAGGGAGUGUUGGAAGGGAAGCAUGACAAAGUAAUUGAUGAAUCACUAAAUAAAUACCAAAUCUCUAGAGAUGGUUGGUGGUCAGCUCUUUACAAGAUGGUUGAAGGACUCGCCAUGAUGAGCAGAUUGGGUCGAAACAGACUUCACCAAUCGGAGAGCUUUGAAGAUAGAUCAAUUGACUGGGACCAUGUUGAAAUGUAGGAAGCAGCACUUAUUUGGAUUUCAAAAGCAGAGUUCACACUUGGGGAAGUAAUUCACCAAUCAUCUCAUACUUUAGUUUGUAGCCUCUGGAAUUUUGGCCCUAUGUUUCGGAUUCUGUUAUUUUAGGACAAUCAUUUCUGUAUGGCUCGACUCAGAGACCGGUCGGUUUCGAACUCUUAAGUGGGUCCUUCAAGAAUAUGUAAAGAACUAAGACUUUCAGAAUGCCUUUAUAAUGAGUUCUCAAAAACUUUUUCUCA